GGCGGGAGUCUCAGUUUUGCGAUCGAAGGGCGGGGAAGACGAAGUUGGUGUUCGCGCCUGAUCAUGCCUGUUAAGAGAGCUUUGAAGUUGGACUCCUUUUCCACAAAAAAAGACCCCACAACACCACUGGUGAUGAGGAAGAAAAAUGGCAAGUCUUAUUCACCAACAACAGGAACAUGCCUAAUCAGUCCAUUUUCAACUCCCAGGAGCAAUAAUGUACAAGAGCACAGAAAUGGUCUAUCAAAUGGAAACAGAAAGGAAGUCCAUGGCUUGCUGAAGAGCUCAUCCAAACAAGGACAACCUCAAAUGGAAAAGAAUGACAAAUUCUUAAUGGCACAACCUGCAGUUGAGGAUUCAGUGGAAAGAUUUCUGCAAUUGAGGCAGACAUUGAUCAGUUUACAGGCUUUAGAGGGCACCAGAGAGCUUGAAAAUGUUUUAGGUGUUUCAGACAACUCCUGCAACUUAAAAAGUGAAGUGAGAAAAAACAAAAUGCUAAUGGAACAAGUAAGAAAACUGAAGCUGCUGAGAAGAAGCCAUGGAGGCCUUCCUGCCCAAGGAUGUCAUCGACCUGUUAACAGCUUUGAAUUCCUUAAAUCCCUCAUUGAAUAAGGUGCUGAAUUGCCGACUAAGAUAAGAAAAUUACAUGAAUUACAUUUUUCUCUUGGACAACUGAGAUUGCCAAAGUCCUUCAGCCUUAUCUCAAAGCAUGUAGAUUCUACCAAUGAUAGCUGAUUAGUAUUGCACCUUCUUCCAAGGCCUGCCUGUUUCCUGCCUAAUCCAUGGGCUGAAUGUGAUGGAAUGCUGUCUGUGCACAUACAGUAUAGGCAGAACUGCAUAAAGUCUUACUCUCCCUUCUACUCCUAUUGGACAGUGGGUUAGCAAAGAUUGCAUGUCCUUUGAAUAUUCAUAAAUCCUCACACUUCUAGAUUCUAUUCCAGUGUUACAUCUAAGGUAUUGACCUAAAAGUGUGGGUGGAAUGUGAUGGGCAUCAUGAUUGCCUUGCCAUUUUUAGACUAUGGUUGUUUGGGGGUAAGGAUUGGUAGGGUAUUUGCCCCCACAGCGGGAAUAACAACACUCUUCUGUGUACUACUCUCCAGACGAGCAUGUCGGAGCAACUCUCGCGCUUCCCUAGUCCUUGGCCAGCCCGUGGAUACUCCCUGAGGUCUGGGUAUUCCCCGGUGAUGCGAUCGUCCACCGUCGCCUCCCGGUGCCGCCCGCUCUUCGCUGCCUGCCAGUGCCAGGCAACCUCCUCCGACCCCCGAGCCAGCUAUUGCUGCUGUCGCCAUGACUGCCUCCCGGGCAAAGGCUGUUUGGCCCCGGCAGCACAGCAGCACCCCGGCCUCGGACUACUCCAGACGAGCACGAGGCUGAAACUGAACAAGGGGGUGGGCGCGGAGCCGAGCCUAGCCAGGCCGACUCCAACCCCCCCCCCCGACGUCCCAGCUCGCUGUGCUGGGGACUCUGUCCCGUCCCACCUUCCUCGCGGCGGCAAACCAGCCCCCGGCCCCCAUUGCCUUCGGCGGCGGCCGGGAGCUCCCAUCUCAAGAUAAACAUACUUAAGUCAUCUUGCUGCAGAAAACUAUUCCAUAGCAUGAUUUUUAAUACAACUCUACACUUUCUGCAGCAUAAUGAAGAAGUCCCAGUUCUUGCCUAGUAGGCAAACAUUGUUCAUUGAGUCUGUCAAAUAUGUCAGCCAAGUACCCCCAAGUAAAGCCAGAAAAGGUUUGUCAUGGAAGUGACAAGUCCAUCAAAAUAUAUGGCUGAGUUUGCAGGCUUUUUCAGCUUCUUAUUGCACUCGUUAUAAGAUCUGCAGUUUUCACAAUAUAA